AUGAUAGCAAAAGAUCUUUUGACGAAAAAUAAUUUACUACAAAAUUUUAAUAUAUUUAAGAAGAUUUUAUCUAACGAUAAUUAUGCAACCAAUGGAAAAUAUAAUCCGGACAUUGAUCUCGACACUGGACCCCUAAUACAAAAAUAUGGUUAUCCUUCCGAGGCACAUUAUAUAUCGACGGAAGACGGUUAUUUUUUGACGCUUCAUCGAAUUCCGGGCAAAUCUAAAUCAUCCCCCGUUUUGUUGCAACAUGGCCUAUUUUGUAGUUCUGCUCAUUGGGUAUUAUCCGGUCCAAAAAAUUCUCUUGCUUUUCUAUUAGCUGAUUAUGGGUAUGACGUGUGGCUUGGUAAUUAUCGUGGUAACAUUUAUUCAAAAGCGCACAAGUAUUUGUCAACAUCAGAUUCUAAAUUUUGGGAAUUUAGUUUUCAUGAACAUGGUAUAUAUGAUAUACCAGCAAUGAUAUCAUAUAUUACAAAUUUAACAAAAAAUAAUAUAACUUAUAUUGGUCAUUCCAUGGGAUCAACAGGAUUCUACAUAAUGUCCUCCUUAAGACCAAAUAUUGCUAGUAAAGUUCAGUUAAUGUUUAGUCUUGCUCCAGUUGCUUACAUGAGUCAUUUAAAUAGUCCUAUAAAUGUUAUAACUCCUAUUACAGCUAAGUUGUCGUUAAUGUUACAUAACUUCAGUAAAGGUGAAGUAUUUCCACUAAACAAUGUAGUAAUGUUUUUAUUAAGAUAUUUUUGCGAUAGUGGUAUCAUGGCACAUAAAAUGUGCACACUAGGAUUAAACAUAAUUAGUGGAUUUGAUAAAUCUCAAUUUAACGAUACAUUAUUACCUAUAAUUUUUGGUCAUACUCCUGCUGGUACGUCAUACAAGGUAAUAAAUCAUUAUAAUCAAGAGAUAUUUUCUGGAAAGUUUCGGCAAUAUGAUUACGGACCGGAGCAAAAUCUAAAAAUCUAUAAUAGCACAGAACCACCUAAUUAUGACACAUCUAAAAUUUCGGUACCUAUAAUAUUAUAUUACGCCGAAAAUGAUUUUUUGUCGGAUGUCACGAUUUAA